UCAGCAGCCAGGGGGACGCGCUGCGCCGCGGUGAAGGCGGGGUGGGCUGCGGCGUUUUUUUAUUUUUUAUUUUAAAAUACAUACUUUUUUUUUCUUUUUUUUUUUUUUUUCUUUUCCCCUUUCUCCCUCCGCGAGGCUCGGGCUGAGCAGGACGCCUGCGGGCUGGAGCCGCGGUGCCGCCGCCGCGGGCACCGGUGCGCCGGAGGCGGCCCAUGGCUGCACCGCCUGGCCCCGCGCCCCGCUGAGCUCCGCGGGCACCUCUGGCCGGGGAACACAGCGGGCACCAUGGUCCGGUGCUGGUGGCUCGCAGGGCUGCUCGUAGCCUGCGCGGCCGCGGAGCCCCCUCUGCGCUGGGAGUCGCGGUGCCGGCAGCAGCUCCGCCACCUGCAGGACGGCGCCAGGAUCGCGGCUCGGCUGCCGCCCCGCCUGGAGGGGCGCUGGGUCUCCACAGGGUGUGAGGUGCGCCCGGGGCCCGAGUUCCUCACCCGCUCCUACCUGUUCUACGCCAACCGCCUCUUCAAGGCCUACCAGUUCUACUACUGGGACCCCUCGUGCCGCGAGCCCUCGUACACGCUGGUGAUCAAGGGCAAGCUGCGGCUGCGCCAGGCCUCCUGGAUCACCCGCGGCGCCACCGAGGCCGACUACCACCUGCACAAGGUCGGCAUCGUGUUCCACAGCCAGAAGGCCAUGAGGGAGGUGGCCUCCUGGAUCAACCAGACCUCCGGGCAGGGCUGCGGGGGGUUCCUGCCCCCGGGGCGCUCCUGGGCCCCCGGAGCCCUCUACGAACUGCUGAGCGCCAAGACGGAGCGCGACUGCACGGCCGCCCUGGGCUUCGCCAUGCACGAGCUGAGCCUGGUGCGGGUGGAGAAGCACUACCAGCCCUUGCUGCAGCCGGGGCAGAGCGGCAGCCAGCUGGUGGAGGAGCUGUACCUGGGGGACAUCCACACGGACUGGGUGGAGAGGCUCCACUACCGCCCCACCGGUUACCAGAGACCCCUGCAGAGCACUGUGCACCACGUGCACCCUUGCCCGGCCUGUGGGAUCAUAUACAGGGCUGAUGAGCACCACCCACCCAUCCUCCCCGCCGGAGCCCAGCUGCCCAUGCAGCUCAGCGGCAGCUGGGUGAGCACCCACUGCGAGGUCCGGCCCGCCGUGCUCUUCCUCACCAGGUACUUCAUUUUCCACGGUAACAACCACACCUGGGAAGGGUAUUACUAUCACUACUCAGACCCGCUCUGCAAACAGCCCACCUUCACCAUCUACGCCUCUGGGCACUACUCCCAAGGCAUCCCCUCCUCCAAGGUGCGGGGCGGCACCGAGCUGGCUUUUAAAGUCACCCAGGCUCGGGUGACACCGAUGGACCAGGUGACGGUGAUGAUGCUCAACUCCUCAGAGCCCGGCAGCUGUGGGCUGGCCAGCUCCUGGAGCGCUGGGGUGGAGCAGGAUAUCACAGCCACGAACGGGUGCUUGGCUUUGGGCAUCAAACUGCCCCACACCGAGUACGAACUCUUCAAAACCGAGCAGGACACGCGGGACCGGAGCCUCCUGUACAUCGGGGAGAGACCCACGGACGGGUCCAGCCCCGACAGCCCCGACAAGCGACCCACGUCCUACCAGGCCCCUCUGGUUCAGUGUGCUGGAGCCUCAGAGGAGCUCUCCAACUACGUUAGUCUAAAAUACUUGGGAAGAAAGGAUGCUAAUGGGAAGGAAGCACUAAAACCUUUGCCUGUGGCCUUUUUAUUGUUUAUAGCACUUCUGUUUUUAAGAUGGGACUAGUUAUCCAUUCAGGUACAGCAGAGAACCCAGAUAAAUCUUGGUGCUAGCGUGAUUUUUAUAUCUUUCAAAUGAGCACAUCUGGAAUCAGUUUUUCUCAGAUUUGGAAACACUUUUUAAAAACGCCCAGUAGUGAAUGAAGCCAAGAAGAUAUGCCUGACUCCAUACUGUUUGUCCCGUGGCUUUAUUGCCUAAUCUCCCCUCCUUGCGUGCAAAUUUAAUGUAGUGACAGGGAUGUGCUGCACAUUGCAAGGGAUAAUUCAGCAACAUGAGGGGGGAGAAAAAGUGACAUCAAUUAAAAUUGCUGCUUUGAGCUUUUGACAUUGCUAAGAUUUAAUCAAGAGCUUGAUUCCAAUGUAAUUCCAACAUCCGAAGUGUCGGCUGCUGAGUUUCUUUGAGGUUAAGUUCCCUCCCACCACACUCCUUUUUGCUGUUCAUGCAAAUUUAAUCUGCAGAGUCAGUCAGCAAUAAACAGUCAGCGAGUGUUCUUGAGAAGGGCACAGUUCACGUGCCUUUUGCCGCUCACAGACACUUCCUGCACCUCUCCCGUGCGUGUCACACGCACCAAGGUGCGACGUGCGGUCUCCCCCUCAGGGCUGCCCAGAACAGCCCUCUCGGAGCAUUUACCUCGGCUGCUGCGCCUGACCCUCCUCGCAGCAAAUGGAAAAUGCCUCUGUGCACAGCAGCUCCAGCCUCCAGCAUUCCCUGGCUGCAGCACUGCAUCCCUGCUGCGCUGUCCUGGCUCUCCAGCGCAGUCCUGGCUCCUGCUCCCCAGGCACCCUGUGAAGGAGCAGAUCCCUCACGAGUCUUGUCAGGCCAGGUAUUUUCACUGUCUCCUUUUCAGUCAGUGUACUGGCACACCAAUUGUUAAUCCAGCUCUCCUCUCAAAGUGUCCCUUCCAGCCUCUUUCCUGUACAGAUGUUUUAUAAAUCUGCCUCUGGUGAACAAUGGGCUGGGGAGAUGCUCAGAUCAGACAGCACAGUCAGGUCAAACUGAUUCCUACUGACAAGCAGGACAAACUAAAAAAUUAUAUUCCCUGUCUGCUGCAGCUAAGAAGCAUACAACUUCCUUGGAGAAGCCCUCCCCAGCAGCUAAAUCCUCUAAAAAUAAACCUAUACAUCUUACCCACAAAGGAUAUUUUGUAAAAGCAGCUAUGCAAUAGCCACCUUCUUAAUGCUGUAUUUACAAACUUGCAGCUUGUACUUAGAUAAAUUAUGGGGUUUAUAACACAAAAAUACUUUGGGGGGAUCUGUACAUUAAUAAUUCAAAUGAGAUGCUUAUUAAAUGCAUACAGUUGUGACACAA